AUGCUUGGCGGCCGCCACUUCCGCAAGAAAUACGAUAAGAAACAAAAGAAAAAGGAGGCCAAGAGAGCGUCCCAGGGACUUGUGCGUAGUAGGGGUGGCUCAGGCAGCAGCAGCAGCGCAGCAGCUGCAGCUGCCGAGGCGGCUGUCAAGCGUAAGGAUGGUAGCACGCUAAAAGGGCCGGUGGUGUCACAUGGCGACUACACGGCGAGCCGUGACUCGGCGAAUAACCGCAAAAAUGUGCCGUUUUCCAACAAGAUGGAGGAGAAGAUUUACCGCAAGGAGCAUCGCGUCCCUAAAUACAACAGCAUCGUCGACCCCGGGCGGCAGAACUUGGCCAAGGCAGCCGGGGCUAGUAGCGCCGCUCAGCGCCGUCGUGUUUUGCGGCAGAAAGGUGACGAGGAUCUACUCGACCACUUCCGCGCACGUCUGAAUGCCAGCACAUUCCGUCUCUUGAAUGAGCAGGUGUACAACGCCCCUACAGCGCUAGCGAGUCGGCUGCUGCGCGAUGAGUCAACCUUCCGCGACUACCACACUGGCUACCACCAACAGCUUGUGCAGUGGCCCAUGAACCCGAACACACUCAUUGUGGAGGCGCUUCUAGGGGAUCGACGUGGGCGGUUUCUCGCGAACAAGGGGAAGAGCAUGCCAGGACACCUCCCACCCUCGUGGGUGGUGGCGGAUAUGGGCUGCGGCGAAGCCCAGAUCGCCGCGGCGCUGAAGCCGAAGGGCUACACGGUGCACUCCUUCGACUUCUUUGCUCUGAAUCCCCUGGUGACGGUGGCGGACACCACCAGGGUGCCCCUCGAGGACAACAGCGUGGACAUCUGCGUCUUCUCGCUCAGUCUAAUGGCGACGGACUAUGUCAAGAGCCUCUUCGAGGCCUUCCGCAUCUUGAAGCCAAAGCGACUGCUCAAAAUCAUCGAAGUGCGCUCCCGUGUGCCGUUCCCACGCAAGUUUGCAGAGCUCGUCGAAGACAUCGGCUUCGACAUGGAUUAUAGCGACGUCGCCGGAGACUACUUUGUUGCCUUCGACUUCAUCAAGAAGGAUAAGCAGGCGGCUGCCAACACGCAACUGCGCCACGAGCCGAGUGAUGUGCUAGUCCCAUCCCUUUACAAGAAGCGGUGA